AUGAGCGCGGAGCGUAUUAUUGGGCAGGUGGGAAACCUCAUUGAGCAAUUGGGGGACGCGCAGAAAUUAGGGCGCGCAUUUCGGGGAGACGGGGAUUGUGUCUGGGCUAAAGGAAGGCAGGUGGUAGCAGGGCGGAGGCCGUCGCUGGUGGCAUGGGUCAAACCCCCUACGCAGUAUCUGAAACUGAACACGAAUGCCAGUGUCACUUCAGCGGGGGCUUUCGGAGGAGGCGUGGUCCGGUCCAGCGAAGGGAAGGUGAUCUUUGCCUUCUACAAGGAGUUUGGGGAGGUGAGUGUGGUACAUGCGGAGGCGCUUGCUCUACUCGCGGGUCUCAACUACUGCCAGGAAAGGCACUUCACAGGGGUAAGGGCAGAGAGCGAUUCGGAUACGCUCGUUCGAAUGAUCUCCUCGGGGGCUUUGGCAAACUGGCCACUAUGCAAUGUGCUGCGGAAGCUACGGUGUCUACUAGCAAACCUGGGGGCAACGGUUAGUCAUGUUUAUCGCGAGGCGAAUAUGGUUGCUGAUGCAAUGGCUUCGGCUCAAUUGGGACACGAAGUGGUGUACAACGGGGAAGAAGCGAUGCCACGUAGGAUUAAAGCUCUUCUGAGAUUAGAUAGGCUAGCAGUUCCUUAUGUUAGGCAUUAA